AUGUCCGCAACCAUGUGCCAAGUAAUGGGCUUUUUGGUCUCAGCCCUGGGUUUUGCUGGAUGUAUUGCGGCCACAGUGAUGGACAUGUGGAGUACCCAGGACUUAUAUGACAAUCCGGUGACAGCUGUAUACCAGUAUCAGGGGCUCUGGAGAAGCUGUGUCACUCAGAGUUCGGGUCUUACAGAGUGCCGGCCUUAUUUCACAAUUCUUGGGCUUCCAGCGAUGUUCCAGGCUGUGAGAGCGCUGAUGAUUGUGGGCAUUGUGCUGGGCGCUUUUGGCCUCCUGGUGGCCAUUUUUUCACUGAAGUGUUUACGGAUCGGCAGCAUGGAGGACUCUGCAAAGGCAAACAUGACUCUGACUGCUGGAAUCAUGAAUAUUGUAGCUGGUCUCUGCGCUAUCUGUGGGGUUUCUGUUUUUGCAAACAUGCUUGUCACAAACUACUGGAUGUCAACAGCUAACAUGUAUCAAACAGGAAUGAUGCAGACGCUCCAGACAAGAUAUACAUUUGGUGCUGCUCUAUUUGUGGGAUGGGUCGCUGGUGGCUUGGCUUUCAUUGGAGGCGUUUUGUUGUGCAUUGCCUGCAGAGGACUGGUACCAGAAGAGACCCACUACAAGGCAGUGUCCUACAAGUCUGCUGGAUAUAAGUCUGGAGUUGGAUAUGAAACCAAGAAUACCGCUGUCAAAAGUGAUGAUGGGAGGCGUUCUUAUCCUUCAAAACAUGACUAUGUAUAGAGAUAAACCCUUCAAGAUGUGGUCUUACUUCAACAUUACAAAACCUCUAGUUUUAGACCAAAGCAACAGCAAAGUACUAACUAGAGGCCUUUCUCAAGUCUGUGUCCCUUACUUCAAUUGGUUUGGCCUGGAGAUGCUAGGAUCUCUUCCCCAAUGGUUUAUAAAUGUUCUCUUAACGCGACUGUGAAUAGAUCCUGCUGACAUUAUAAUGCUCCAAAAGAACUGUGCCAC